AUCUUCAAUUCUCGAGAACGGUACCCUCGGGCUUUGCAAAUUGGAUCUCACACCAACCCUACCGCCUGCCCUCUUCAGAUCUAAUUUCCUUAUUCGAUCAAAAAUACACAGUAAUGGCGGACGAUGAUCAUAAGGUGAUUGUGCUGGGCACUGUUCACAGCUUGUUCGUGAUGCGAGUCCGAGUGGCUCUGUCCGAGAAGGGCGUCGACUACGACUUCAGGGAGGAGGUCCUCACCAACAGAAGCCCUCUUCUCCUUCAGUCAAACCCUAUCCACAAGAAGAUCCCUGUCCUCAUCCACAACGGCAAGCCUGUCUGCGAGUCUUUGAUCAUCGUCGAGUACAUCGAUGAGGUCUGGAAAGAUAAGUCUCCAUUGCUGCCCUCUGAUCCCUACCAGAGAGCCCACGCCAGGUUCUGGGCAGAUCUUAUCGACAAAAAGGUGUAUCUGUCGGGAAGAAAGCUUUAUGCAGAAAAAGGGGAAGAGUAUGAGGCAGGCAAGAAAGAAUUCAUGGAAGCUCUGAAGCUGUUCGAGACAGAGUUAGGGGACAAACCCUACUUCGGAGGCGAUCAUUUCGGGUUUGUCGAUGUGGCAUUGGUGCCAUACUAUUGCUGGUUUGAGACAUACGAGACUUUCGGCAAUCUUAGUAUCGAAGAACAUUGUCCAAACCUCGUGGCGUGGGGGAAACGCUGCAUGGAGAAGGAGAGUGUCGCCAAGUCCUUGGCGGAUCCUAAGAAGGUUUAUGAGAUUAUGUCUUCGAAGAUGAAGUUACUCCGCGUGUAAUAAUCUUAUGAUCGUCUUGUAUUGUCUUGUGCGCGAUCUAGAGUUAAACAUGUUCGCUCUAGAGUUCGAUUGUGUGAUUGUUGUUGUGGUUCACUCUCGUGCGCCGCAUAUGAUGUCUUGUUUUCGAAUAAAUUUUAAGGUUUGUUA